AUGUUUCUAUUUUAUCUAACACUCCUGAUCCUGGCCUACUCCGUGGAGCAGUCCACGGCUCACGGUCCCGCCACUGCUCUGAGCUUUGGCAACGAUCUCCAGAGCUACAUGAUGCUGCAACUGGACAUGGAACCGGUAAAGGAAGCCAUUUCGGUCUGUUCAUGGAUCAACAAGAAAACAGCUGAUAGUGUCCAUGAUGCCUGGUUCACGUACAAUGCACCUUCCAAGAUUAAUGAAAUCUUAAUUGCAGGCAAGAUAUGCGGCUGGGCUAUCAUGAACAAAGAUCAUAUAGCUAACAACCAGGCCGUUCCUUCAAAUGAAUGGCACCACGUCUGCAUAACUUGGGGGUAUGAGACUAAGACCAGGGUACUAUAUUUUGAUGGGCAGGCAAUAGCACAGGAAGCGUCUGGUAACGUAAAACUGACCAUGGGAGGAACAAUAGCUAUAGGACAGUACCACAAGACAGCAACAAUGGAGGCUUCAUUCCACAACCACGUGUUUGGAGGUGAACUCCUAAAACUAAACGUCUACAAGAGGCAACUGGAAGCUGAGGAAGUAGGAAAAAUGUUCUCAUCGGGAAUGUGCUCAGACUUCGAGGAUUCUCUUGUGGUGGGAGACCAUCCUCUACGCUACUGA